AUGAUAUUCCAUAAAGUUAUAAGACCCGGGAUUCUACAGCAGUUGCGAAGAUACUUCCCCAUUACUGAUUGGCUCCCCCUCAUCCGGCAGGUGUCGCACCGUAAGGGUCUGCCGCACGUGAUCUACUGCCGUGUGUGGCGCUGGCCCGACUUGCAGAGCCACCACGAACUCAAGCCACUGGAGCACUGCCAGUACCCAUUCUCCGCCAAGCAGAAGGAGGUGUGCAUCAACCCUUACCACUACAAGAGGGUCGAGAGUCCAGUUCUGCCACCUGUGCUGGUGCCACGCCACUCUGAAUUUGCGCCUGGCCACUCACUCCUGACGUUCCAGCAGCAGCACCCAGAGCCCAUGCCCAACAAUGUCUCGUUCUCGCAGAACGGUUUUGUGCAUUCCCCCAUGGGAGGGGCAUCUCACCCCCAGAUGGGAAGCCAGACCAUCACAGGCGUCAACCAGCCUCCCUCGCCGGUCGUUAGCCCCUCCAGCCAAAGUCCCCUCAGUCCCUACUGCAAUUUUCCUGGAGGUGGAAAUCUGGGUGGCCUGAACCAGCCACCGUCUCCUGUUGUCAGUCCAUCCAGUCAGAGUCCUCACAGUCCUUAUGCCAGUACCCCGGAUACACCACCUCCUGCAUACAGUCCAAGUGAGGAUAUCAAGCAGACCCAGCAGACAGACACUGCUAUGGACAUUGCUCCAGUAGGGACAGCGAUAAACUCUAAUGUCACACCUGUUACAUACCAGGAGCCAACAUACUGGUCAAGUAUAGCGUAUUACGAGUUGAACAACCGCGUAGGGGAGGUCUUUCAUGCCCAUGGGCACUCUGUCAUAGUGGACGGGUUUACAGACCCAAGCAACAACUCCGAGCGCUUUUGCUUAGGGUUGCUGUCCAAUGUUAACCGAAAUUCUACAAUUGAAAACACAAGAAGACACAUUGGAAAAGGAGUCCAUCUCUACUACGUGGGAGGGGAAGUGUAUGCCGAAUGUCUGUCCGACUCGGCCAUCUUCGUGCAGUCCCGCAACUGCAAUCACCACCACGGCUUCCACCCCUCCACUGUGUGCAAGAUCCCACCGGGCUGUUCCCUCAAGAUCUUCAACAAUCAGGAGUUUGCUCAGCUCCUGUCGCAGAGUGUCAACCAUGGCUACGAGGCUGUCUUUGACCUCACAAAAAUGUGCACAAUAAGGUGAGCUCGAGUCCCUCUGCUCGAG